UCUCCGAGGGGCCGGCCCAGGGGAAGCCCCAGGAAGGGCUCCUCUCCAGCUUCCCCAUCCAUAACCAGAAGUGCCAGCUCAUGCUCCUGAAGUCGCUGAAGACAAGUAGGAGCCGUGACCUGGAGGCUGGGGGUCCGCGAGGUGGUGUUUGAGCUCCGGUGGGCGAGGAAGGGCCCGGGCCCCACCCACCAGGAGGGCUCCGGUUCAGCACCAGGUGCUGGUUGGGCUGGAUUCUGGCACGUAACCUUCAUGAGGGUGAAGGUGGGGGGCCUGGGCCUCAGUUUCCCCUUCAGAGGAGGUGCUAAGACUGUUUCUGCAUUACUGUUGCUUGCGGAAUGAACAAGGAGUCUGGCUAGGACUUUGACCAUUUGCUCACACUUAACUGAUUUCUUAUGUAAGUUAUUUAGCAACGCGGAGACGUUAAGAUCCAUAUGUCAAACUUUUACUUGAUGCUAUGAAGCACUCAGGUUGUGCUGUUAACAAAGACAGGCACUUUUCUUGUGAAGACUGUGACGGGAAUGUCAGUGGAGGUUUUGCUGCUUCAACAUCUCAGAUUGUUCUGUGCCAGAAUAAUAUCCGUAAUCAGGCCCAUAUGAACAGAGUGGUCACCCAUGAGCUCAUUCAUGCGUUUGAUCAUUGUCGUGCUCAUGUCCACUGGUUCACCAAUGUCAGACAUUUGGCCUGCUCAGAGAUUCGAGCAGCUAACCUCAGUGGAGACUGUUCACUUGUAAGUGAAAUAUUCAGGUUACAUUUUGGAUUAAAACGACACCAUCAGACUUGUGUGCGAGACAGAGCCAUUCUUUCUAUUUUGGCUGUGAGGAGUAUCAGCAAAGAAGUAGCUCAGAAGGCUGUUGAUGAAGUUUUUGAAUCUUGUUUUAAUGAUCAUGAACCUUUUGGAAGGAUCCCACAUAACAACAUGUAUGCAAGAUAUGCACACAGAGACUUUCAAAACCGUGAUCGAUACUACUCAAAUAUAUGAAGACAAUGGCAUUUUAUAUUAUAGAGCCUUGGUCAUCACGAAGAGGAAAAUAUGGUUCUUAAGCAAACAGAUGUAUACAGUGUAAAUGAUUAAUUAAAUACAGAUAAAACAGAAAGGAUGCUGAUUUUAGCCUAUGAUUGGAAAUAGUAACUGUGGCAAAAAUGAAACUACCUUAAGCUCCCAGGCAAAAAUUAUAUCUUUAUAGCUGAUCAUUUGCUAAAUAAGAUAAAUAAAGUUUUAU